CACACCCAAUCUCGGAGCUAUAUCUCUUCCUCCCACAUUUUCUUUCAUGUUUCUUCUUCUGUUGGAUCGGAUUAUAUAUGCCCUCGUCAUUAUCCAAUCUCUGCUGAAACCCCGCCUCUCGAAUCGAACGCCAUCCCUUCCAAGCUUUUACAUUUUACCUUAGUUGUUUUUCACAUUGUUGUUAAUGGUGUGGUUCAGUACGUAGCUCCUUUUACUUUGCCCGUAAUUUACUCCCUCUUCUUCAAUACGUAAAAGUUCUCGAGAUUUUCUCUUCUGCUACCUGAAUACCAACCAGCAGAGGUCGAAAAUGGCGCCUAGAAACAGUCGUGGAAAGGCGAAAGGAGAAAAGAAGAAGAAAGAGGAGAAGGUUCUUCCAGUAGUCAUGGAUAUCACUGUAAACCUUCCCGACGAAACUCGUGUCGUUUUAAGGGGAAUAUCAACGGACAGGAUUAUUGAUGUUCGUCGGCUUUUAUCCGUGAAGACUGAAACUUGCAGCGUCACGAAUUUUUCGUUGUCGCAUGAGGUAAGAGGGCCGCGGUUAAAAGACACGGUGGACGUUUCCGCACUGAAGCCGUGCGUCCUCACUUUGGUGGAAGAGGACUACGAUGAAGAGCGCACAGUGGUGCACGUUAGAAGGCUCCUGGACAUCGUGGCCUGCACGACGAGCUUUGGCCCGUCGGCGACGAGCAAGGAAAGUUUAAAGUCCGACUCUACUAAAAAUGCGCCGGGUGCGCAGGAUAAGGGUGCCCCGGCGUCCACCAAGAAAUCCACCACCACCCAGACUCAAGGCCCAGCGGCCAAGCAAGAAGCGGCGAUGGAGGAAGAGGGAGAGAUGAGCCACGCCUUCCCCAAACUUGGAACCUUCUACGAGUUCUUCUCUCUCUCCCACCUCACUCCCCCUCUCCAAUUUAUAAGGAGAGAAAUGAGACGACAUGUCGAUGAGAUUUCGGCGGAUGAUCACAUUUUCUCCCUUGAUGUGAAGCUUUGCAAUGGAAAAGUGGUUCAUGUGGAAGCUUGCAGAAACGGAUUCUACAGCGUUGGAAAGCAGCGGAUCCUUUGCCACAACCUUGUCGAUCUGUUACGGCAGCUUAGUAGAGCCUUUGAUAAUGCUUACAAUGAUCUCAUGAAAGCAUUUUCAGAACGUAACAAGUUUGGGAAUCUUCCUUACGGCUUUAGAGCCAACACAUGGCUUGUUCCUCCUGUUGCUGCACAAUUACCCUCAGUUUUCCCUCCUCUCCCUGUUGAAGAUCAAACUUGGGGAGGAAAUGGAGGUGGUCUAGGGAUAGAUGGAAAAAGUGAUUUGAUUCCUUGGGCUAAUGAGUUUUUGUUGCUUGCAUCUAUGCCUUGCAAGACGGCAGAGGAAAGGCAGGUUCGAGAUAGGAAGGCAUUCCUUCUUCACAGCCUAUUCGUUGAUGUUGCCAUUUUCAGAGCCAUUAAAGCUGUCCAGCAUGUAACGGGACAUACAAAUUUAACUUGUUCAGUUUCGAAUGGCGAGAUUCUCUAUACUGAGAGCGUAGGAGAUUUGAACAUCAUGGUCAUGAAAGAUGCCUCUAAUGCGAGCUGUAAAGUAGAUACUAAAAUUGAUGGAAUUCAAGCAACUGGAUCGGAUCAAAAGAAUCUAGUAGAAAGAAACCUUCUGAAAGGGAUCACUGCUGAUGAAAAUACUGCUGCUCAAGACAUUGCCACUCUAGGUGUUAUCAACGUAAGAUAUUGUGGUUACAUCGCUAUUGUGCAAGUUGCACAGAGAGAGAAUGACAAGGCCAGUACUACAUCUCAGAGCAUUGAACUCCUUGAUCAGCCCGAAGGAGGUGCCAAUGCCCUCAAUAUUAACAGUUUGAGAUUGCUUCUUCACAAAACAACACCUUCAGAGCACAAUAAACCAGUACCACAUUUGCAAACUUUGGAGCAUGAAGAACUCAGUGCUUCCCAAACUUCUGUGGAGAGACUCUUGGAACAAAGUGUUGCUAAGCUUGAGGAAGAGGAACUGGGAUCCGACCAUGUCGUAAGAUGGGAACUCGGAGCCUGUUGGAUACAACAUUUGCGAGACCAAAAAAAUACGGAAAAAGAUAAGAAGCCAUCUGGUGAGAAGGCAAAGAAUGAAAUGAAGGUCGAGGGGCUUGGGACAAAUCUCAGAUCCCUUAAGAACAACAAGAAGAAAUCAGAUGGAAGCAAUGUGAAAGUGCAGUCUGAAAGCUCAAGAUCCCAUGCAGAAGGUAUUAUUGGGGAAGCUAAAAUUUCUAUAUUGUCUUCUGUAGAAUCGCAGCUUGAAACCAAUGCAAAAGAAAAUGAGAUUGCAAUGAAGAGGAUAUUGCCUGAAGCAGCCUUUGCUCGACUAAAAGAAUCAGAAACUGGUCUUCAUUGCAAGUCUUUGCCAGAACUAAUUGACCUGUCUCAGAAAUAUUACACUGAAGUUGCUCUUCCGAAACUGGUAGCAGAUUUUGGUUCACUGGAACUCUCACCAGUUGAUGGCCGGACUCUAACUGAUUUCAUGCAUACAAGAGGUCUUCGAAUGCGUUGUUUGGGACAAGUUGUCAAGCUUUCAGAAAAGCUACCACAUGUACAGGCACUCUGUAUUCAUGAGAUGAUAGUGAGAGCAUUUAAGCACAUUCUUCAGGCAGUAAUUGCUGUUGUUGACAACACAGAGAACAUGGCAGUAUCCAUAGCUGCUGCACUGAAUAUGAUGCUUGGGGUUCCUGAAAAUGAAGAAUCAAAUAAAUCUUGCAAUGCCCAUUCCCUUGUGUGGAGAUGGCUCGAGGUCUUCUUGAUGAAGCGAUAUGAAUGGGAUCUUAGUAGUUUGAACUACAAAGAUGUUAGAAAAUUUGCAAUUCUACGUGGAUUAUGUCAUAAGGUGGGUAUUGAGCUGGUUCCAAGGGAUUUUGAUAUGGAUUCUCCAAAUCCAUUCCGGAAAUCAGAUGUUGUCAGCCUGGUCCCAGUUUAUAAGCAAGCAGCCUGCUCAUCAGCUGAUGGGAGGCAACUCCUAGAAUCAUCAAAAACAGCUUUGGAUAAAGGAAAACUAGAAGAUGCAGUUGCCUAUGGGACAAAGGCUCUUGCAAAGCUUGUAGCAGUUUGUGGUCCCUACCAUCGAAUGACAGCAGGGGCUUACAGCCUCCUUGCUGUAGUUUUGUAUCACACCGGAGAUUUCAAUCAGGCCACAGUUUAUCAACAGAAAGCUCUGGAUAUCAAUGAGAGAGAACUAGGUCUUGAUCAUCCAGAUACAAUGAAGAGUUAUGGGGAUCUUGCUGUCUUCUAUUACAGACUUCAACACACAGAGCUGGCUCUCAAGUAUGUAAAGCGUGCACUGUAUCUUCUACAUCUCACAUGUGGCCCAUCUCAUCCAAACACUGCCGCGACAUACAUAAAUGUGGCUAUGAUGGAGGAAGGCCUAGGGAAUGUGCAUGUUGCCCUCAGAUAUCUCCACAAAGCUCUGAAGUGUAACGAAAGGUUACUCGGCCCCGACCAUAUUCAGACGGCAGCAAGUUACCAUGCAAUCGCAAUUGCACUUUCAUUGAUGGAAGCAUACCCUUUGAGUGUUCAGCAUGAGCAAACAACCUUGCAAAUUCUGCGAGCAAAGCUGGGCCCAGAUGACCUGCGUACGCAGGAUGCUGCUGCUUGGCUUGAGUACUUCGAGUCCAAGGCUCUUGAACAGCAAGAAGCUGCACGAAAUGGUACUCGGAAGCCGGAUGCAUCCAUAGCCAGCAAAGGCCACCUAAGUGUCUCAGAUUUGCUUGACUACAUUAAUCCAAAUGAUGAUGUUGAAGGGAGAGAUGGAGCAGUAAAGAGGAAAAGCUAUAUUACAAAGGUGAAGGGAAAAUCCUAUCAAAAUACAAGCCUAGGAGGUUCUGAUGAAUCUCCAAAAGAAACGCCAAAAGUGGUGUCAGAAGAAGAGAGACCUUUACCUGAAACAGAAGGUAGUGCAGAUGCUAACCAGGUGACUGGCUCUGUACCUGUCGAGUCCCAAAAGUCUGUUAUGCAAACGACUGUAGAGGAAAAUCCAAAGAUUGCCAAUGAAAUCUUUUCUGAAACACAUGCUGAAGGAGAGGAUGGAUGGCAACCAGUUCAAAGGCCAAGAUUAGCUGGCUCAUCUGGUCGGCGGCUUAAGCAGCGCCCUGCAACUAUUGGCAGGGUCUAUGGUUAUCAGAAGAAGAAUGCGGACAAUGAAAUGGAGUAUACUCCUGUGAAGAAUACUCUUAAGAAUACAAAGCAUUACCUAUUAAAGAAACGAACAAUUUCUCAUGGGAGUUAUACAGAUCACCAAACAGUGAACCCUGCCGAAGCAACCAAAUUUGGACGGAGAAUAGUCAAAGCUGUAACAUACCGGGUCAAGUCGAUGCCUUCAUCUACCAAAACUGUUACAACAGAGACCUCUGGAAAUAGUGGCGAGCUUUCCAUUGCUCCAUUACCUUGUGCAACUUCUUUGCCAAAUGAUGUUGCUCCACUGAAAAGUUCAAUUGUCAGUCUUGGAAAAUCUCCUUCAUACAAGGAAGUAGCAUUGGCCCCACCAGGUUCCAUUGGUAAAUUGCAGGUCUGGGUGCCCCAAAGUGAUUUUCCAGAAACCCAGGGACUUGGCUUUGGAAAACAUGAAGAGGAAACGAAUGAAGUAAAAGGAAAUGACGAAUUAAUCAGAACAGGGGCAGAAAAUAUAUUUGAAGAGGAUAAGAUUUCUAUACCUAAUUCCGAAGACCAUUUGAAGGAGGAAAUAGGAAUUACUGAGAAGAAAGAAGACACUAAAAUAAAUGAUGCAAUGGAAGAUAAACCUUCUUUAAUGGCAUCUGAGAGUGUGGAAGGACUUGAAUCUGGCAGUGUUGAGGUUCAAGAAGUGGUAGAGGCUAGCAUAUUGGUUGAUGGUGUUGCCAACCCCGUUGAUUCUCCAAAAAGUGAGGUGAGUGGGAAGGAUUCAUCUAGCAGUUCUGAAACUCAUCAAAAUUUGAAAUCGAUCAUGCAAGGAGGAGAGGAUUUGAAGGAGAAAUCCUUGAUUGUGAACUCAAGUGACCCUCGGGGAUUUUCCAAUAAGAAGUUGUCUGCAUCAGCAGCUCCAUUCAACCCAUCACCAGUCGUUGCACGUUCUGCACCCCAUGCCAUGAAAAUUACUCUUCCUUCUGGUCCUCGUGCUGUUCCAGCUAUUGCACCCUGGCCAGUAAACAUGAAUGUUCACCCUGGGCCUGCUACUGUCCUACCCACAGUUAAUCCAAUCUGCUCCUCCCCUCACCACCUAUACCCAUCACCUCCACCAACCCCAAACAUGAUACAGCCACUGCCCUUUAUGUACCCUCCUUACUCUCAAAACCAAGCAGUACCAACCAGCACAUUUCCUGUAACGACCAGUGCCUUUCAUCCCAGUCAUUUCACGUGGCAGUGCAACGUGAGCCCAAAUGUAUCAGAGUUUAUUCCAGCUACAGUUUGGCGUGGCUGCCAUCCUGUGUUCUCUGUCCCACCACCAGUUGUCGAGCCAAUUUCUGAUCCAAAAUUGGAGACACAACUGCGGCCUGUUGAUUCUGGAAGCCCAAGUUCAUCUUCGAUUCUACCGGUGGAUAUUGACAAUGUGGGGGAUGGUAGGAAAGAAGUGAAUCUUCCAGCUUCAGAGGAAAUACAUAAUGCAAAUGAAGUAGCUGAAAUCAGGUUGGAAAGCAUAAAAGAAAAUGGUCAUCCAAAUCUGUCUACGGUUGAAAAUGCUCAGAGUGAACAAAGUCAGAAAAAUAGCUCAAAUGAAAAUGCUGGAAAGAAUGGUGAGUGUAAAAUUGAUGGUGAGAAAACUUUCAGCAUUUUGAUUAGGGGGAGAAGAAACCGAAAGCAGACUCUUAGAAUGCCAAUAAGUUUGCUCAGUCGACCAUAUGGCUCACAGUCUUUUAAGGUUAUUUAUAACAGAGUGCUUAGGGGAAGUGAAACCCCAAAGUCUUCCAGCUUUUCUUUAAGAGAUGAUUGUGCAGCUAGUGCUACGUAACCCUUUCUUUUCUUAUUCGUACCAAUCAAGUGUAGCAGGAUUGUUGGAAAAAGAAGUAGAAGCUACCGCCUUUCAUUUUUAUAAUACACGCAAGGGACAAGAGUGACAUGGAUCUAUUCUGCCUCUGAUGAUCACAUAAUGCCUUGUCUUAUCGGUUCCUGAUUGAACACAACCUUUUGGAAAAAUUCAGAUGCUUUUAUUUGAGUUUGGUCUGCAAAAGGACAUUGUGAUGAAGGAACAAAGCCUAUUUUUCUCCCUACAUAGGUUUACAAUAAAAUUUCUUUUUGGGACUGCAAUGGGCAUUUUUUGAGGCGACAAUUUUGGUUCAUAUAUGGUUAGAAAAGGAACAAAUUGGUUCAGAGCAUCUACAGACUGAAAGUACUUUUCUCCCUCGAUUCCCAACAGCAAUGACUUUGAUAAUUUAAUUUGGUUUAAUCGCAUAUGACUUCGUUAUUUUUUUCACUGGGUAUCACUUAUCAGCAUUUCUUCUUACUAAA